AUGUUGACACGACAACACGCUUUGAAAAGCAGUAGACAAAUAGAAUCUAAAUCUACCCUAAAUAAUCCAGCUAACGAGACCGCGAAAAUGAAAAGUGCAAAAUCAAAGAGUACACCAAGCAAAUCACCAGGAAAAAGCGAAGAAAAACGAUUAGAUCAUGAAAAAUUGGACGAAAUCUACGAGAUGAUCAGAACUGUCAUGGCGAAACUAGAUACCCUAGAUGAGAUCAAAAACCGAAUCGUUUGCGUUGAACAAGAUUUCAAGCAGAUUGUUUGCGUUGAACAAGAUUUCGACGCCUACACGAGAGCGUCAUCGAUCUGA